AUAUGCAACGUCAGCAGUUAUUUUUUCUUCACAUCUAACUCUCCCGCAGAAAUCAUUGCAAAGAGUAUUAACAGUUCGCAGCUUGUGUAAAGUCUCCUGGUGAAGGAUAUUUUUUAUUGACCAGUGUCUGCUCCAUGUGGGCUGGUACCCAGCAGCUGAAUGGUGUGCCUCUGUGACUCGCGGGAUUCUCCAACGACCAAAAUGAGUCCCUGGAAGAUUAGUCUUCUGGUCCUUGCUUUAGUUGUCUACAUCAUUACUCUGGUUAUGAAUGCUCUUGCAGGACGAGGAUCACAGUCAGGACCUUUUUAUCAGUCUGUUGGAAACAUAUCAAAGAAAUAUGAUACUGAGUUGACCCCUGCAGGAUGGACCUUCUCUAUUUGGGGAGUUAUUUAUACCUGGCAAGCUGUAUGGCUUCUGUAUGCAUGCAUUGGAUUAUGCAGAAGGAGUGCCCUUACAUGGAUGCCUUCCAUACUAUCGUGCCCUUUUUACAUCAUUUGGAUUACAAAUAAUCUUUUGAAUAUAGGUUGGCUUUUUCUUUGGGAUAGAGAGUACAUUAUUCCUGCACUCGCUUUCCUUGCUUUGAUUGCUUUCACCAAUUACGUGGCUUUAUUCUUUACUUAUCGUGCCCUACAUACUCAGCUCCCAUGGAUGCAAAAGUAUCGAAAGAUUGAUAUGUGGCUUGUCAGAAUACUGAUACAGAAUGGACUGGCUGUUUAUGCGACAUGGACAACCAUAGCAACACUGAUCAACUUUGCUGUCGUACUAACUUAUAGUGGAUGUAUUUCAAAUGUGACCUCUGGUACAGUUUCACUCUCUAUCCUGGCCUUUGAGGUCAUUUUAUGGUUCUAUUUGGAAAAUGUUGUGCUUGAUCAAUAUGUGCGUUACACACUUACUGUCUAUCCAGUUGUUAUAGUGGCAUUAUCAGGAUCUUUAGACAAAAAUUACAAUGGCAUAUCUCCAACCAGAAACAACAUCUAUAUUGCUACACUGCUAGCCAUUGCCUGCACUGCCUUUGCAGCACGCAUUGUCAUUGUGACUUGGAAACAUUUCAAACAUCCUCUGCAUCAGAAUAUGGAGCAUUGAGGUUGCUGUGGAAAAGCGAUUGAAGUGAAACAAUAAAAGGGAUUCACUGCCAAAAACAAAGUGCUGCAGGAAAUCUAAGCUGUAGCCAAUAAACAAAUUUUAAAGAAUACUUCAGCCAGCAGAAAAUCAUUGCUUAUUGAAAUUCGAAUAUAAGAUUUGUGGUACUCACCCUGCUGUCCAUUGUAUUGCUGUUGUAAUGAUAUACAUUCAGACCCAGACAGACUCCUCACUUCAUCCAUUAUAGCUUGUUCCCACUUGGUCCAGUGAAAUGAUUCAUCAAUAAAAAGGGAGUAACUCGAUCCAGGCAAUUGGAUAAAUUGAUGUUUGAGAACAUUUGUGCAUUUUGGUAGAAUUUCUGCUGUGGAUGGUUGAUGAUGGAUUGUUAUAGGCAGCAGUAAAUUUAUCUCAGCUGAACAUUUCGAAAAGCCUUUAGAGAAUAGCCUUUAUUGUCACGUAUCCUCAAUGAGUAUGGUAAAAUGUUUAUUUGUUGCCAAUUACAGUAGCUGAUAGCAGCCAAUGACUGUAAGACCCCAAGACACAGGAGCAGAUGAAGGCUAUUCAGUCCAUCAAAUUUGUUCUGCCAUUCAAUGAGAUCAUGAUUGAUCUGAUAAUAAUCAACCCCACUGUCUUACUUUUCCCAUAUCCCUUGAUUCCCUUCCUAACUAAAAAGCUGAUAAUUUCACCAUUAAAUAUAUGUGAUGACCCACUGGUAAAGAAAUUCACAAAUUCAUUACCCUCAGAAGAAAUUCCUCCUCCUCUCUUCUUGAAUGUGUAACCCCUUACUCUGAGAUUAUGCCCUGCAGUUCUAGACUGUUGCAAAGGGGAGACAACUUCUCAGCAUCUCCCCUGUGAAGUCCUCUAAGAAGCAUAUAUGUUUCAAUAAGGUCUCCUCUUGUUCUUCUGAGCUCCAAUGAGGCCCAACCCACUCAACCUCUUCUCAUAAAACAGCUCCUCCAUACCCAGGAUCAGCCUAGAAAAUCUCUUUGGGUUGCCUCCAACGCUGGCAUAUCUUUCCUUAGGUAAGGAGGCCAAAGCUGUGGAAUAUUACAACCCCAAGCCUCCUCUAAUUGUGAGACAUUAUGCAUUUUAAUCAGCAGUUCAUGAACUAAGGGAAUCUGUAUCAGGAUUUUUGACAAAAUUAAGGUGACUAGUGGAGGCUGCUGAGAGACCAUUUGGUAAGUGGGAUCAGUGAUGUAGCCAUCCAAAACUGCCUACUAGCUGAAACCCGAACGAAUUUCAAGUAGGCACUACAACUGGCUUUAUCAAUAGAAAAUGCAGCAAGUGGAGCUUAUGAGUUGGGGGAUAUUCUGACAGAAGUGUACACCCUCGCCAGGCUGACUGAGCUUGGGGAACAUCACUUGAGUGAAGGGAAUUGCACACCCUCACUCGAAUUGAGUAAUCAUUUAUUGUCAUGUGUAUUCAAUAUAAAAUACAAUGAAAAGUGUGUACUAUUACCAUGCAUAGGUGGCAUUUACAUUAACUUAAAAUAAAAUAAAAACAUAAAGAAAUGUGACAAAGAGAGUCCAAUGUUUCCUUCUCUGCUGCUACUGGCCCACAUGGGCUUCACCAGCCCAUGAUCUUCCCUGGGCUUCCCAGCCUAUGCUGUACCGGAACCAGAGGCCCACUCUGGGCUACACCAGCCCACACUAUGUGGAAGCAAGAGUCCAGCUUCAGGCUUCACAGCCGACACCAUGCAACCACCAAAGUCCCUCUCUGGGCUAUACCAGCCCACUCCAGACAUAUCCUGAACAGAGGGAUUCUAGGUCAGCACACAGCAAAACAAAGCUGAGCCUCUACCAAACCGUUAAAACUUUCUUCAUGAUCUGGGCUGGCGAGCCAUUGUACAUGCUGCUGGUACGUGGGCAUGAAAUAGCAAAAGAGUCCCACCUUGAGUAAGAGAACUUGUAAAUCAAUAACCAGGAGGGCAUACACCAUGGAAAGUCUGCUGGUUUGGAGCAGUGGCUGACCUUUUAUUUCCAUGUGCAUUCAAAUCAGAACCAAUCAUCUGGUUAAAUGGUUAGCCCAGGAUGGGACCAUUUGUCACAGCAGAUUCGCUGCCGAUGAUUAGUAACUGACCUUUGUCUGCUGAAGAUGCUUAGCCACCGCCCAUUGGCCACUGAAGACGAUUCACCACCGCAAAUAAGUCAUAUAUUUUUAAUGUUGGUGGUAGCGUUUACUUGUUUUAAUAACCAUUUAUUUUUGUUAAUAGAUUUUUUAAAAUUUAACAACGUUUAAAAUGUUAGCGAACAAGCAUAUCAAAACUAUAUAAAAUUUCAUUAUAUUGCUUAAGGUAGUGUUUGUGUUGCGUUGUUCUUGAAUACGGUGAAAAAGAUUGUUUGGAAUAUCUUAGAGGAAUAGCGCAUAAAUAUCAAAUGAACUGAAAUUUCAUUGUUUAAUAUUAAUGUGAGAUUUUA